AUGUCAUUUGGUUGUGUAUUUGCUGCUAUCAUUGCUCUACUUCUUACUCAAUUAAUUAAUACAAAUGCAUCGUUUAACAAUUUUCGUUUUUCUAAACGUAUGGUUGAAUGUUUAUUAAUUGCCGACAUUCUUACUGUCGUAUUGGCAUUGAUUACAUUAGCAUUAUUUCUUGGUUUUGAACGUCUUCAAACAUUAACCGCGUAUGGUUUCUCAUUUUGGUCAUUUGUAGCCGGUACAUGUUGUAUAUUUAUUAGUUGUAUUCUUACAGCAGUUUAUCGUAUUGAUGUGGAAUUUGAAUUUCGUCGUUAUCGACAUGAAUCAGUCGCAACACUUUGCUAA